GUUCGUCCUUCCCGCCCACCUGGUCACCGCCACUGUGACCGCUGUUUCAACAAGUGCUGCAAGGCCCCUGUGGAGAUCUCGGUGUCAUGUGUGCUCAUCCCCUGCCACCUGCUGUGUGGCGCCCUCUUCCACCUGUGCAAAGAGGAGGAGCAUGCGCUGCUCUGCCCCAAUGAGAGGGUGCCAUGCCUAAACGCGGGCUUCGGCUGUCCAAUCAGCAUGCCCCGUUCCAGGCUGGCGGCGCACCUGCACGUCUGUCCAGCCAGCGUGGUGUGCUGCUCCAUGGAGUGGAACCGCUGGCCAGCCGAGGACGCCCAGUCACACACACAUACGGCCCUGCAGGAGAACCUAGUGAAGGAAGAGGAGGAGGGAGGAGGACACGGGGAGGCGCUGGACCUGGCCAUGGCUCUGAGAGAUCAGCGCCACCUGUUCCACUCCCUGAAGAUGAAGAAUCUCUUCCCUGAGCUGACUGAGAGGGUGGAAGAAGAGGAGAGGGAGGAGCAGAGGAGAAGGCGGGGGAGGAGGAGGGAGAAGGAGGAGAAGGAGAGGGAGGCCCUGGAGGCACAGGGAGUGGUUGGAGGAGUGUCUUUCCCUAACAGGGUAGGCUGUGGGUCUCCUGCUGAUCGAGGAUGGUAUGGACCCCUCCCUGAGAAUAUUCAGGAGGCGGUUAGGGAGAGGGACAGAGAGAGGGAGGAGGAGAGAGAGCUGACCCAGGAGGAGAGGGAGGAGCUGGCCAGGGGAAGGGGGGUAGGAUCAGAGGGCCUGGUGGGCUACAUCUGGGAGCGCAUGUUUAACAUGGAGAGGGGAGGCUGCAUGAUAGCUGAGGCUAACCAAGAGGCAGGGGCAGGGGGCAGAGGUCAGGGUCAAGCAUCAGGGGUUAGAGGUCAAGAGACGGAGGCACAUCAGUCACAGACCCUGAACACCACAGAGACACACGCACUUAAUGACGCACACACAGACACAUGCCCCAACUCCCAGUGUGUGGCCUGUCUGGCCGGCCCUAAGAAGAAGCAGAUGUAUUACUACGGCCAGCUGGAGCCCAUGAAGAUCAACACAGUGAGGACCUUUAAGAUUCCCACCAGCUUCACGGCCAAACACACACGCAUCAGGAACCCCGGACACUGGAAGAGGGUGGAUGUGGCCGUGGACACCAGCGACCUGGGGGUGGAGCCACAGGACAUGCCAAUCUGGGAGGAGGUGCAGGUAAGAGUUCAAGGUGAACUCUCUGGAUAUCUCCAGUCAAAGUAGUUGCAGACCGACAGUCUCCCAUUAUAGUUCUCUAGUCUCCUACUAACAUCAAUUCAUUGCCUAAGUGAAAAUUUGGGCUCACCACUGAGGAAAUUGCCGCACCUACAGUGGCUUGCGAAAGUAAUAACCCCCCUUGGAAUUUUUCCUAUUUUGUUGCCUUACAACAUGAAAUUAAAAUUGAUUUUGGGGGGGGUUGUAUCAUUUGAUUUACACAACAUGCCUACCACUUUGAAGAUGCAAAAUAUUUUUUGGCGUGAAACAAACAAGAAAUAACACAAAUAAAACAGAAAACUUGAGCGUGCAUAACUAUUCACCCCCCCCAAAGUCAAUACUUUGUAGAGCCACCUUUUGCAGCAAUUACAGCUGCAAGUCUCUUUGGGUAUGUCUCUAUAAGCUUGGCACAUCUAGCCACUGGGAUUUUUGCCCAUUCUUCAAGACAAAACUGCUCCAGCUCCUUCAAGUUGGAUGGGUUCCGCUGGUGUACAGCAAUGUUUAAGUCAUACCACAGAUUCUCAAUUGGAUUGAGGUCUGGCCUUUGACUAGGCCAUUCCAAGACAUUUAAAUGUUUCCCCUUAAACCACUCGAGUGUUGCUUUAGCAGUAUGCUUAGGGUUAUUGUCCUGCUGGAAGGUGAACCUCCGUCCCAGUCUCAAAUCUCUGGAAGACUGAAACAGGUGUCCCUCAAGAAUUUCCCUGUAUUUAGCGCCAUCCAUCAUUGCUUCAAUUCUGACCAGUUUCCCAGUCCCUGCCGAUGAAAAACAUCCCCACAGCAUGAUGCUGCCACCACCAUGCUUCACUGUGGGGAUGGUGUUCUCGGGGUGAUGAGAGGUGUUGGGUUUGAGCCAGAUAUAGCGUUUUCCUUGAUGGCCAAAAAGCUCAAUUUUAGUCUCAUCUGACCAGAGUACCUUCUUCCAUAUGUUUGGGGAGUCUCCCACAUGGCUUUUGGCGAACACCAAACGUGUUUGCUUAUUUUUUUCUUUAAGCAAUGGCUUUCUUCUGGCCACUCUUCCGUAAAGCCCAGCUCUGUGGAGUGUAUGGCUUAAAGUGGUCAUAUGGACAGAUACUCCAAUCUCCGCUGUGGAGCUUUGCAGCUCCUUCAUGGUUAUCUUUGGUCUCUUUGUUGCCUCUCUGAUUAAUGCCCUCCUUGCCUGGUCCGUGAGUUUUGGUGGGCGGCCCUCUCUUGGCAGGUUUCUUGUGGUGCCAUAUUCUUUCAAUAAAAAAAAUAUGGAUUUAAUGGUGCCCUGUGGGAUGUUCAAAGUUUCGGUUAUAUUUUUAUAACCCAACCCUAAUCUGUACUAUUCCACAACUUUUUCCCUGACCUGUUUGGAGAGCUCCUUGGUCUUCAUGGUGCCGCUUGCUUGGUGUUGCCCCUUGCUUAGUGGUGUUGCAGUCUCUGGGGCCUUUCAGAACAGGUGUAUAUAUACUAAGAUCAUGUGACACUUAGAUUGCACACAAGUGGACUUUAUUUAACUAAUUAUGUGACUUCUGAAGGUAAUUGGUUGCACCAGAUCUUAUUUAGGGACUUCAUAGCAAAGGGGGUGAAUACAUAUACACUCACCACUUUUUCGUUAUUUAUGUUUGAGAAUUUUUUUUCAUUUCACUUCACCAAUUUGGACUAUUUUGUGUAUGUCAAUUAGAUGGAAUCCAAAUAAAAAUCAAUUUAAAUUACAGGUUGUAAUGCAACAUAAUAGGAAAAACACCAAGGGGGAUGAAUACUUUUGCAAGGCACUGUAUUUUGAGUAAUUCCUGUCCUAGAGCGGAAAUUCUCAUUUAGGUUCCACCUCAAAGACUGACGCAGGAUGCUAAUACAUAUUCAGGAAUUGGGGGUGGGAACGUUGUGGUGAUUUCCAUGUGUAGCAGAGAAAUAACAACAAAUAAGAUACUGACUGACAGUUGUCAGAGUAACAAGCUAGCUAGCUACAGUGGGGAGAACAAGUAUUUGAUACACUGCCGAUUUUGCAGGUUUUCCUACUAACAAAGCAUGUAGAGGUCUGUAAUUUUUAUCAUAGGUACACUUCAACUGUGAGAGACGGAAUCUAAAACAAAAAAUACAGAAAAUCACAUUGUAUGAUUUUUAAGUAAUUAAUUUGCACAAAAGCAAUAAUGGCAUUAUAAUGAAUAUAAAUGUCGAUAUGACAGCAGUCAUAAAUAGUCAAUUAUUGUCAGCUCAUGCUUACAUGGUUUCACGCAAUGGCAUCAGUUGGAUUUCAUUUAGCGCUUAUCCCUUGUGCUAACAGUCGACACAAAUCUUCACCCCUUUCACUUGCUUGACACACUUCCCACAAACACGUCACUUGCAGGUGACACAAGUGUCUUGGGUUCUGUUCUUUGUGCAUCUGGUCACAAGGCACUGUCUCCUCCCUGGAAGCUUGGAGAAUUUGACAUGCAUAAAGGCUCCCAUGGAAUCUUUGCUGCUGCCUUGGCCCUCAUAUGUCUCUCACGUAGCCCACAUGCCAGACUCAUGAUGAUGUCUCUCCAAAACAUCCACACCAACCUGUGGAACAGAAUAGAGCAGAAAACAUUAGGAUGAUUUUUCCAUCAGAAAAAAAACUUGUUAUACAGAAGAGAAUAAUGCAUUGCAUAAGUUUAUCUAUAUAUAUGGCGAUGGGUAUUAUAUAAUAUUGACAUACCUUUGAUUGUAGCAGCGCUAACGCAGCAUGUGCAUCCAUUCGUCUUGGUCUUCUUGCUAUUGUAAAUUACGCACUCUCUCACUGUGUACUCCAUGUAGGCCAGAGUAGAUUCAUAAGACUGCUUGGAUUUUGGUGGACUGAUAUAGGGUACAUACCAUUUUGAGAUUAUAAUUUGAAUAUACAAAUACAAUACAAUAACCCGCCUUGUUCUUCAUUCACAAUUGGUGAUUACACAUAAUUAUGCAUCAUUCACUUCCCCUUGCUCAUCAAGGCAAAGGUUGGCUAUUUGAAGAAUCUCAAAUAUAAUAUGUAUUUUGAUUUGUUUAAAACUUUUUUGGUAACUACAUGAUUCCAAAUGUGUUAUUUCAUAGUUUUGAUGUCUUAUUCUACAAUGUAGAAAAUAGUAAAAAUAAAGAAAAACCCUUGAAUGAGUAAGUGUGUCCAAACUUUGACUGGUACUGUAUAUACUUAUUUAGGAAAAGUCAAGGACGGAGGAGGGCAUGAUUUAGAAAAUAGUAGAGUAAUAAAAUAAAUAAAUUCAUGAGCAGUCAAAAUGACUGCGUUAGCGGUUCUAGUGUUAAGUAGACCGGAACUGACAAUUUUUCUAAAAUGGUAAACGGUCUUAGUGAACUAUCUUCAUUUAUCCACCAUCUUUGCUGUAGCCAAAGAUAAUCUAUUAUUUUGCUCAGCUCAGUGGUGACUUGCGAACUUUGCAGGUGUUUCUGAUUAAUAAACAAUUCCAUGCUGGUGGGUGGUACCAUUCAAAUUAAACCCAGCACUGAAACGAAAUGUAGGCGAAAAAUAAUUUACACGUCAUUUCAUAGGAAAAGACACGUCAUUGGCACAAAUUUGCACAAAGCGGGCAGUUCGGUUCUGUCACUUCAAGCCCAAAUACAUCAUACUUUGACUAAAACAAUGACUUAUUUACUUAUAUCAUGGGUAAGCUCUGGCCAUUUUCUUUCAGCUCAAAAAAGUGGAUUUCUACUGGUUGGUGUGGGUGUUUAAUCUUGUCCAGCAACAGUGUAAAAGGUUAGGAUUGCAUAUUACUCCCAAACUCUUCCUGCAUGUAUCCUCCAGGCCAGUCUGCUGUGUUCUCUGGAGAAGGAGCUGAGGGGUCACCUAAUCGCUGAGUCACAGUCCAGCGACGCUCUCCUGAGCGACACGGGGACGCAGACCUACGCCUUCCUGUCAGCUCCGUUCGGUCGUGACACCUCAUUGGCCAGUCUGACGGAGGACCGCCCCCUCCAGCUCCACCUCCAACUGCAGGCGAAGAGUGUGACGACCCGACACAACAAGACUAGCUCCGCCUUCACCUUCCUCUGUGGACACUCCUUCCAGCGCAGAGAGUUCCCCAAGCACUUCAGGUACUCCAAACACUUCAGGUAGCCCAAACACUUCAGGUAUCUCAAACACUUCCAACGGAGAGAGUGCCGCAAAAACGUAAUGUACUCAAAACACUUCAGUUACCCCAAACACUUCAGGUACCCCAAACAUUUCAGGUACCUGACACUCUGUCAUGUAGUAGCCUUGAUAUGGCUGUACAGCCUCCUUUAGUAUGGUGUCUAGACAAAUAAAAGGAAUGUUCCUCAUCAUUAUUAUUCAGGAACGUGCACACCGACAUACAGAUGUGCGCUAGUGGCUGGUUUGAGCAGAGGUGUCCCCUGGCCUACCUGGGCUGCACCUACAGCCAGAGGAGGUUCCAGCCCUCCACACACACCGCCACCGUCACCUACAAGUAAGAAAGCUCCCUCAUAGAAAUAUACAGACUGCCCUUACCCUUACCUUGACCCUGACAAUAACUCUAUCUAACCUGUACCUCCAGCCAAGAGCUUAGUAGCUUCAGCCUGAGACCCAGUGUCCCUGCCUCUCUAAAUGAGGAACCCCAACACUCCAAGUCCCAGCCUGCUCAAGAACCAGUCUCAAACCUCAGGAGGCGAAGGUCGAGGGGAGGAGGAGGAGGGGACUGGGACUCUCUGAGCGCUCUGCCCUACGAGGUGCUGUACCACAUGACCAGCUUCCUGGACAGCCUGUCCCUGUCCCAACUGGCCCUGGUUUCCCGCCUCAUGAGGGAGGUGUGUUCCUCUCUGCUGCAGGACAGGGGGAUGGUCUCCCUCCUCUGGGAGAAGAAGACCUACAAGACUGGCAUGGCCAAGUGGAAGGCCAAGAAGGUGGUGAGUUAGCCGAGACAGGAGAAGUCUCUAUCUUACUUUUUUACGGUGCUUUUCCUUUGUUGAUUUCCUCUUCUCUCUAUUCCUUCCUCCUCUCAUCUUCCCCUCCCCUGUACUCUCCCUCCACACCUCCCCUCCCCUGUACUCUUCCUCCACACCUCCCCUCCCCUGUACUCUUCCUCCACACCUCCCCUCCCCUGUACUCUCCCUCCACGCCGCCCCUCCCCUGUACUCUCCCUCCACGCCUCCCCUCCCCUGUACUCUCCCUCCACGCCUCCCCUCCCUCUGCCCAGGUGUGGCAGUUCAGUACACUGUUCUCUCCAGUGGAAGCAUGGUGUUUCGACAACGAUGUACCCUCCAUGUCAGACCACCUGAAGGUGUGCCCUUACUAUGAGAUGGAGCCCAGGACCGAGCGUGUGCUCCUGCCUCACAUUGUCAACAACAAAAUAAACACAGACACACAAAGCAAGAGCAAUAGUCUGGUCACCCUGUUCCAGAAGAAGAAGACUUUGAAUAGUGUUUCAUAAAAUUUUAUAGUGGUUCAUAAGCUUUGAAUAGUAGUUCAUAAGGUUUGAAUAGUGGUUCAUUUGUGCUGCACCUACAAUCAUCUACCCUGAGUGCCAGUCUGUUUGUGCC